AUGUCUUCUGCCAUCCUCUCAUUACAGAGCACACCUUCUACAAACCUACAGCUACCAGUCAGCGUCAUCAAAUCACAACAGAGCACUCUAGACAGCAUCUCAAGCCUGACGGUGUCCGCUACAGCAACAAAACAGGGUGCGACUAGGCUUUCCAUGCCUGGAACAGCGUUUUUCACCCCUUCGACAACAAUACAACAAGACUCAUUGUCUGAUACAUCAACCGAGGUAUUCAAUGUAGUGCUACCUUUUACGCAGACGUCAUGGGCUUUCUCUCGGACCGUCACUGCUGAUGCUAUUGCAAUCACCACGAUGGUAGCUGAUUUCUCAAACUCGUCACAAGCUACGGCGACAAAUAUAUCGAGCCCAAAGUUCCUUUCACCCAUGACCGAAGAUAGCGCGUCUCAAACUUCCACCUUGACGCUGCCAACGCCCUCGGGCGCUCCAACAGCAAUCGCUGGACUACCACAGCACUCGGUACUUGGUCUUACAAGCUGGCUGAAAUCUAGCUACACAGCAACCAACGAUGGUAACAGUUUGGCCACCAUCACACGCUUGGCUACGCCGACCAGUAUGAUAUCUAUCUCUCAGGCGACCAGUCUUUCUAGCCUAGUGUUGUCAGAAAAUUUCUUCUGUUCAACGAUCUCGGGAUCGUCUCUGGGGUCCAUUUCAACCAGCAAAGCAAAGAACGACACGAAUACAGCAAUCGCGAUAGAAUCUGUUCAGUCAAGCAGCUUGCUGAUCGACAGCUCUACUUUCGCUUUUGGUGGCAGUCUCACCAUCUCUGCAUCAGUCACAUUUGAAGAUUCUUUGCUGUCUCGAAUCUCGAUUCCAACGGAUAGUAUCGUCGCAAUCGUAACCAGUAAGACAAGCUCGACGGCGUCAAUACAGGCGACUGGACUGGCAGCUCAUUCUGCAACAGAAAAUCGCACCGUGUCGUCCUCAGUGCCUCUUAGUACUACGUCCCUAGAAACAAGCGUCCUUCCGAGUGCCGGUACAAAUGGAUCGUCUCACAGUACGGUCGAAACAUCUUCAUUCAGUUCGCCAAUCUCCGUCUCUCUUACUCAAAUCAUCAUAUCCUCUACGACGGGCGGGACUCUGAGCACUGCAUCGUCCAUCCAGUCUGUAGGGAUCCCAACUGCACCAUUUGAGUCGGAUCGUAACAUUACUGUAACAUCGCCCACCGCUUCAACAGCCAAUACGAUGAUGUCUCUCUCUUGGUCGCACCCUUCCCUAUCAGCAUCUCUUGUUGGAUCGGGUAACAUCUCGCUUCCCAGCGCCACUCAAACAUACACUUCUACUGGAACUGCUGCUGUCACUGAGUCAAUCAGUACUUCUUAUGCUAGCAGAUCAGGCAGCUCACACAUGUCUCCCGCAUUUGGGUCAAUCUCUCCCCCCACCACCACGUCUGCCAGUUUCUCUAUUCCCACGUCAGCAAGCCCUACCUCGGUCAGCUCUAUAUCUACAUCAAAAAGUGCGACCAUUUCUCUAAUCAGUACCUUUGUGACGAAGACAAGGACUCAGAGUUCCAUUCUGAGCUCGCGCAAAAGCUCAUCGUCAAACGACGUUCGCAAGGAUUCAACACGGACUCCAAGUGCAGUCCAUACAUCUACUAGCAGUCCUACCGAGACAGUGCUUGCAGCAGCUGCACCUAAACUGACCCCAUCGCAAACAGCUGGGGUUGCUUUGGGUAGUACGGCUGGGGUUCUCCUUGCGAUCGUCGCUGCGAUCUUUGUCGCUCGCCGCUAUCAUGCGAUGCAUGCAGCAAAGCACGAAAGCUGGGGAUCCUCUGCUGUCUACCCUAAAGUCGCAUACUUGUACGACCCUUCGCUGGGUGAGAAUGGUGGUAGAGAUGGUGAAGACGAUGAGGCAUUAGCCUUCAUGUCCGGUGGUGCCGGCGGAUUGCUAUCAACUGGAAGCAGAACACCUCCUCGAGCGCCUCAAAACUCUUUCGAUUACGACUCUCAUAACUGGCAGUACAGCGACCCUGGUAACCCGUUCAAAGAUCCCGAGGACCCAUUCCUGGACUGGCGAAGUAGUGACGCGAUUAACUCGCCAAGUGAAACUGCAUCUGCUCUUGCUGCUGCGGUUGCAGAGUAUGGAGCAGGGCCGCAAAAGCCUCUUCCGCCUGUACCGCUUUCCUUGACGCCUCUCUUUCACGAUCAUGUCAUUCCAUCGCCAACUUUGAGUCCUAUGAUCAAUGGCUGUAGCUUGCGUCGCAGUCACGCACGAUCGUCAAGAGGAAGUAGUGUCAGAAGUCAAAGGUCAUUGAGAGGUUUCCGCGCUUGUCCUCCAACAUCUCCUAGUUCAACAAAUCACCCAUCAGGCUCACGUGGUCCGCGACGAAGCCUAUCAUCCAUCCAAGAGGGACACGUCGAUGAUCCCUUCGUAGAUGCGAUAGAGCAUGAUCUUCUUCUACCAGUGGACGUUCGAACGGAAACACCAGAUUCAGUGAUGGUUUAUGCGCCGGUGCCGAGGACACCAAUGCGAUCAGCCUUGUCAACAAUACUCUCGGACGACCAGACAUCCACAGCUUCAUUACCGAGUAUAGCUGCUGCGAAGUCUCUAUCAGGUGCUCAACCUCGAUCAACUGGUAGCAUACUCUUCCCUACAUCUAAAAACGACCAAUAUUCGUAUGCUUCGCUUGUUUACGACACCUUACCACUAUCACAUCCUGACCGGCCGGACAGCGAUCAAACAACCGCUCAGAAGAGAUGCUCUUUCUUCUCUUCGUCUCGAUCCCCACAGCCGACUUCAGUGCCCCGAAACAAAGGCUGGGAAGAGAUCAAACGCACUUCCAAUGGCACAUCCAGUCUUCACUCACCUUUGCCAACACCUCCUCUUCAUAGUUUUGCUCCGCCGCGGCCGAACCUCUCUCCUCCACCUCCCCUCAAGAAACGUUCCUUGAUCCAACUCCGCCGCAAGACGCCAUUGACUGGUACAGGCCAGCUUUUGGUAUCGACACGAAAUCCUUAUCCAGCUUCUUGUACACCGUCGGCAGUGAAUACAAACUUCAUAUUCAACUCGAACAAGAGUUUUGAAGGCCCGCGAAUGAGUCUGCUUGCCAAGGUGAACAGCAUGGGCGACAUAAAAGACGAGGCAGCAAGUCCAAAGAAGAGAAAAGGAAAGGGGCUUGGGUACCGCGAUUCUGUCUCCCGGAAGGUGGAGAUGAGAUCCCGAUGGAGUCCUUCGGAAGUAGGGAGGUCAUUCUGA